AUGCGUCGUGACCAGAAGGCAGGGGUGGUCGUCCAUAUCUCCAGCAUUACGGCUCAAAUUCCUAGCGUGGUCAACCCGCUUUAUUCGGUCUCGAAGCAGGCAAUCAGUCAGUUUGUGAGAUGUAUGGCACCAUUGGAUAAUCUCGCCGAUAUCAGAAUCGUUGCUGUUGCCCCCGGGGUCGUCGAUACUCCCCUGUUCCGGGACAGCUCUAAAGCUCGUGAGCACAUAGAUCUGGAAAAUGAUUUUGUUCUUCCGCCAGAAGAGAUUGUGAAAGCUAUGGUUUCCUUGGUAACAACCUCGGAAUAUGCAUCGGGCUCGAUUCUUGAGGUUGGAGACAUUGGUGGGUGGCGAGAGGUUGGUUUACUCAAUGACCCUGGCCCUCAGGGUCGAUCAACUCUGCGAAGGCCCAAGGCCAAGAGUGCGAUUAAGCUUGUUGAGCAGGCAUUGGCAGAUGAUGCUAAGCGAGUGAGAGCGUCGAAGUUGUAA